AUGGCAUCCAAGCAGAGGUCGCAUCUCCUCAUGAAGACGGUCCAGGCCUCCUCUCCGAUCGAGGUCUUAUCUAACACAUUCUGGCACCUCUUCCGGAUUUCCGUCUCGUUCGCCCUCUUGUUUGCGGACAACACCAUCCUCGUAACCGCGCUAAUUCUUGCACGUCUUCAAUAUGUGGCUGAUCGAUAUCAUAAACCACGACAUGAUCUACCGUUCUACCCCAAAACCGUGUUGAUCACGGGUAUCGACGUCGCCGACCUCGAUCUCCCCAUUCGAUCGGGCGGAAGUAUGUCCCGUACUCUUCUCACCUUCUACCGCGUCCCCAAGGAUCAUUAUAUUUCCCGCAUCCUAGACAUUGUCCAUCGCGAGAAAGUGGAUGUGUGGAUCCCUUGCUCACCCAAGGCAACCGCUAUUGAAGAUGCGACUGCCAGACAAGUGAUUGAAAGUCGGACGAGCUGCAAAUGUAUCGCUUUUGACACCGAUUUAGCCACGCGGUUCCUUCACACCGACUCUUUCGCGCAAUUUCUUACUGAGAGGAAUCUCCCUGUGGUAGAGCGUCAUCAGGUGAAUUCGCGUGACUCGAUCCACAAGAUCUUGCAUCGGUCGCCCAGCAAGUCAUAUCAGAUCCAGCGACUAGGCUCCAGCUCGAAGGAAGCUGGCCUACUUCUACCGAAACGCACACUGAGCAAGACAUACUCUGAGGUCAGCGAGAUUCAGAUCAACCAAAACUAUCCGUGGAUCCUUCAGCAGCAGACUCGACUCGGGGAAUUCUAUGCAGAUAUACUAGUGAUCCGGGGUCAUGUCCAUGCCAUUAAAGUCCGGCUUGCGAAGGCUCAAAAACCCCACUGGGGUGCAUCCCCACUGGACGAGGCGCUGGCCACGGCCAUCCAUCGUCUCAUGCAAAGCUUUGCCGUGAAGGGGGGAGCGCGUAUGACGGGGCACCUUUCAGUUCGACUCCUAGUGGAUGAAGAGUUCGACCACUCGUCCGUUCGACAUACUAUACAUAUUGCGGACUGUGUUCCGGGUGCUGCGGCUGCGGAGAAUCUCGUUCGCGAUGCGACCUGCCCUGUUGCUGGCUAUCUUGCUGUACUGGCACCUGAGCCUACGAACCAGGCUAAUUGGGAGGUGGUGGCGUCGCUAUCCCCAACUCCUCGCCCUGGAUCGAGAUUGAUUGGGAUUGAGAGUGAGAUGAUCAUUAAUUCGCCUUUGGCUUUCUUUCCUUUCAAAAUCGCCAAGCGAGCGAAGGCCCUUAUGGAGACGGAAGCGGUGCCUUUUAUCUUUUGGAGUCACCCAUUGUUCUCCUUCCAGGAUCCUUUUCCUUGGUGGUGGCAUGUGCACGUGUACCAACCAUUGCGCGAGAUAUGGUUGUUGAUGAAACAAAUCCGGGAGAUUGGGAUCGCCAAUGGGUCAUUGUGUGGAUGA